AUGGGUUCUUCGCCGCCUGCAUCGUCUCCUCUUCCGCCAUCGAGCCGUCGUAGAGACAAGCCCCAGCUGUCCUGUAACCUUUGCCGAAGACGAAAGCUCAAAUGUGAUCGUGGUCUGCCCUGUGAAACAUGUGCUCGUCGUGGACUUUCUCUGUCAUGCACUUAUCCAGCAUCAAUGCCUCUUCAGAGCGGCAAGAGACUGAUUGAUCCAUCGUCCACUGCACUCCAUAAGAGGAUUGCGCAAUUGGAGAAAUUGGUAGUAUCUAUGACAAAUCAGACUGAUGCUACCGGCGCCAAGGAGAAUAAGAAUAGGCCAGAUUCCGAUUUUCCUGAAGAUUCGACUCAACUGCAUGCAAGUUUCGGGAGGAUAGGCUUGGAGAAUACUGAAACCAAUUAUGUUGAGAAUUCACAUUGGACAGCGGUCUUAGACGGGAUUGCAGAGCUGAAAGAUUGCUUUGACGAUAAUCCAGAAGCCGUUGAGCAAGCAAAUAAUAAUCAAAAGUCGUCUCCAUCCGGACCAGUACUAUUACUAGGGAACUUCAGGAGGCUCGAUCAACAACAAAUUCUUGCUAGCAUUCCACCGAAGCAGGAAGUCGAUAGUCUGGUUUCUGUGUUCUUCAACACAUCGACUUUAUAUCUCGUUUGUAUUCAUGGACCAACAUUUCUCGAAGAGUAUGAUCGGUUCUGGAAAUGCCCCGAGAAAGCUUCCAUUAUGUGGGUUGGCUUACUCUUUUCAAUAUUGUGCAUGGCAUCCGCCUAUUCAAGAAGCUCUACGUCUCUCUCAGUUUUGCCAGGAGCGGCGGAAGCUGCAGAGCACGCCAGGAAAAGGAUACAGAUCUAUCGGGAGAGGGUAGUUCAGUGUCUAACACUAGCCGAUUAUACGAAAUGUGGACCCUACACAAUAGAGACGAUGAUUUGUUAUCUGUCGAUUGAAUACGCACAAGUCGCGGACAAUCAAACAGGACUGUGGCUUCUUUUAGGUACCAUCAUUCGACUAGCAGUGCGAAUGGGAUAUCAUCGAGAAGCCUCGACCUCAUCUUAUCUAUCGCCGUUUCAGGCAGAAAUGCGUCGUCGUAACUGGGCAGCUCUGUUUAUGCUCGAUUCAGCAGCGGCCGAUCAAUAUGGACUUCCACGCAUGGUGAACGAGGCGCUCGUGGAUGCGCGCCCACCAGCCAAUCUUUUAGACGAGGACCUCGGUCCGGAUAUGAAAACCUUACCUCGUUCGCGGCCAGAGCAUGAGACGACCCUCGUCGGGUUUCUGGCCAUCAAGAAUCGACUAUUAUCAACCCGAAACAUCAUCACCGAUCUCACAAGUUAUCCAAAUAAACCUGUUUCAUACAAGGAGAUUCUGAAACUAGACAAAAUUAUCAAGGAGCAAUUCCAAAAUAUCCCCGGUCCCCUCAAAAUGCGUCCUAUGAGCAAAUCGCUCACCGAUAGCAGUGGCGUGAUUGCAAAUCGAAUAUUCUUAGCGUUGGUCGGUUACAAAUCACGCUGUAUGCUUCAUCAACACUAUCUACUCCCAGCACGAACAGACGAUCGAUAUCGCUAUUCUCGCAAGGCAUGUAUCGAAUCAGCACUGGAACUACUGCGGAUCCAGGAAAGUAUCCGGGAAGAGUGCCAGAUUGGAAGACGUCUAUCUCACGAACACUGGAAAUUUGAAACAUCGGUCAAACAUGUUUUCUACCUGGCUUGCACCAUCCUGUGUGUUGACUUGAAUUAUGAUUUGUCCGAAGCGCCGAGUAGACGUCGACUUGGAAAGGAGACACUUCUCAAGAUUGUUAAGGCCUUGCAGGGUUGUUAUAAUAUAUGGGUGGAGUCGACUGAUGCUUCUCGUGAAUCGCAAAAGGCAGUGGCUAUGCUACGGUUUAUCCUAGAGAAGGCGCAGAGGUCUGGGAGACUCAACCAACUAUCGACGAAUACAGCCCGUUUUGACAGUGAUGGCAUAGCAAUCCCAACUCAUAUGACAGACCCUUCGCUGUUCAAUCAUGACUCUGGAUCCAUGUCUUGGGAGAAUCAUGACGUAGACAUGUCCCAAUUUGAUCUCGGUCAAUUCGAUGCCAUGCUCAACGGCAUGCAGGAGAACAGUCAAAUAAAUUUGAACAAUUGGGAUGUGGACGCUUCGGCGAUAAUGAAUCAACCAUUGAUGAACAGCCCGGACUGGUGGACGACGUUUGAUCCAUCUGUCAUGAACGGCUAA